UGGCCGGCCAGCCUGCCCCAGCUCACCUCCUGUCAGGGGACAUGACGGGCACGCCUGGCGCCGCCGCCUCCAGGGAUGACGAGGCCGCCGAGCGCUCCCCGCCCUGCAGUCCGAGCUACGAUCUCACGGGCAAGGUGAAUCCAACCCAGGCAGCUGGGUCUCCCAAGAGGAGGGAGGGAGCAUCAGGACAUAGCCCCUGGGACCAUCCCAGCCUCUAGGCAUCUGGGCGGGUGGAUGGGUACCGGCAAGGGAGAGAGAACUGAACGACUGCCCCCACCCCUGCGGACUCCAACACAAUUUUCUUCUGACCAAUUGAGCCCUCCACUCACAUUGGUUAGGGCUACCUGCACCUUAUUUCUAGGAAGUGCCAGGAAACGGGGACCUCUGCAGACCCUGGCUAGCAGCUAGGCAACUUUUCGAGUCAAGCUCUUGUCAGAGACCUGACAACAGUUUCAAGGCCUUAGACUUGAAGUUCUUUAGGUCUCCAGCCUGCAGCCCCCAAGUGCUGCCCCUUCCCAUCCCCAGGCUCCGAGCAUUGCUUUGCUCCUUCAGGGCAGCUGUGGGCCAAGCCCCUCAUUCCAGAGGCUGUUGCUACCCAGCAGGCAGGCCCACCUGGGGAAUUUUAGAACCUGAGAAAAAGCUCAGCAAUUAGACACAACUCCCAGGGCCUGGGACAGCUGUAAGACAGCUCUCUGCAGUCCAUUCCCUCUGCAGGAGUGCCCUGGGAAGCAGGUAGGGUCUGCUUAUCCGCCAUCUGUGCCCUGGGAGUGAGCAUGUAUCAAGAAUUUUGAAAGAGAUGCUGAGCGGGCUCAAAGCUCACUCUCUUCCUCUGCAAGGUUGAGAUGGCUGUGCUGGAUCAUGCUGUGAGUUCUUCAAGGGAACCUGCCUCUGUGUCUUGGUUCCUCCCCAACAGCAGGGCUCACUCUCACUGGGGGCCUUAAGCCUCCACCCCAGGGUUUCAAGGGAAGCCACUCUGCCAGCCACCCACCCAGAGCCGUUGAGAUAGGCGUCCUGUGUGGGCUGUGGCAGGAAACAGGCCCCUGCUCCCUUAAGGGAGGGGGAGCUGCUGAGGACCAGCUCCCAGGCUGAUGUGGACCUCCUGACCUCUUUGCCCUACAAGACAGCUGGGCUGUUUGCCUGGGAGGUGGCAAGGCGGAGCAGAUGUUUAUGUUUGGUGGACUCGCCUGGCUGGGUAGAUGCUGUAUCAUCAGCUCAAGGCAGCUGUGAACUGUAAGGUGAUGCUUCUGGGAGACUCAGGUGUCGGCAAAACCUGUUUCCUGAUCCAAUUCAAAGAUGGGGCCUUCCUGUCCGGGACCUUCAUAGCCACGGUCGGCAUAGACUUCAGGAACAAGGUGGUGACCGUGGAUGGUGUGCGGGUGAAGCUGCAGAUCUGGGACACCGCAGGGCAGGAGCGGUUCCGCAGUGUCACACAUGCUUACUACCGAGAUGCUCAGGCUUUGCUCCUGCUGUAUGACAUCACCAACAAAUCUUCCUUCGACAACAUCAGGGCCUGGCUCACAGAGAUUCAUGAGUAUGCCCAGAGGGAUGUGGUGAUCAUGCUGCUAGGCAACAAGGCGGAUGUGAGCAGUGAAAGAGUGAUACGCUCGGAGGACGGAGAGACACUGGCCAGGGAGUACGGAGUUCCCUUCUUGGAGACCAGCGCCAAGACAGGCAUGAACGUGGAGUUAGCCUUUCUGGCCAUUGCCAAGGAGCUGAAGUACCGUGCAGGGCAGCAGGCUGAUGGGCCCAGCUUCCAGAUCCGAGACUACGUGGAGUCUCAGAAGAAGCGUUCCAGCUGCUGCUCCUUUGUGUGAAUCCCGCAAGCUGAGAGGAGGCCCCAGAAGUCCUUGGAGCUGCAGCCGUCUCCCCUUGACUGGUGUAUUCUGGGCGGCUGAGUCAAUGGGGAGGGAGUUGGGGGGCCCAGUGCACUGCCCCUUCCCAUAAGGCCGCAGCACUCCUAUAGCUUCCCUGCGUCCUGGAGGAGGGUAAACCGCUUAUAUUUUAUCUUAAUGAUACAAAAUUUCAUGCUAAAAAAGAAAAAAAGAUACCAGGGUUUCCAGAAAACCGAGAGAGAGGGACCUGGGGGCCCUUUUGCCUUUUUGGAUUUAGGACUAGGACCUAAGAGGCUAGGCCAUCCUCCUAGCAAUGACAUGGUAGUGCCGCUCCAGCUCAGCACAGGGGAUACCAGUGCACUUCUGGGGUGUGAGGGUAAGUAGUUAGUGUCCCCAUCACCACCCUCACUCCAGCUUUCAUUUUCUCCAGCUCCCCAGGAAACAGUCUUAGCCAAUAAGUUGGAUCCUAGUGCUGGGAGCUGGAAGGAAGACUCAGGGAAGAUAAGAGUUGUGGAGAUUAGGAGGGGCCCGCCCAGCUGCAAACAGGCGUAGAAGGGACUAGGGUUUUUCUGUGGCUACCUCUGGUUUUCCUAAACCCACUCCUGGAGGUGUGCUGUUUUUCCUCCAGCGUACAAGCACAUUGCAGCACUUGGAAACAUUGGUUCCUGUUUUCUGGACCUCAGAUUCCAGAGGAGCCACUCCCCCUGAAUCCCUGACUCAUUGGUUUCCAUCUCUGCCCCUAGACACCUGAGGUCAGAGCUAGGAAAAGUUUGUCUUCCCAUCUCAAUCUUUUGGCAGGUGUUCAGCCCCGCAGCUAUUUUUUUCAAGGAAUACUUAGCUCAAUUGGGUUAAGAACCAGAUAAAGAGAAGCCCCUGGCUCCUGGAGCAGGUGGAAGGCAGAAUUGAGGAAACCUUAGGUCUAGCUCCCUGAACCCAAGCUCCCCUUCCUUCCUGAACAAUGUGCCCUUUUUUUGAACUUCAUAGUCAGUCACCAGGGUCAAAACUGCUUUAUCUCCCCUCCUACUGAGUCAGGGUAGCGAAUGGAAGGUCCCAUUUCUUUGCACCAAUGCAGUGUGUGCAAAACAAGGUCAUGUGGGUAAACCUGGGGUGGGGAGAGGGGCAGCAAGGAGUUCUUGUGUCCAGGAAAUAUGCAGGUCAGGACCUAGAGUAAGCACCUUUCCUUUAGCUCUGCAGGCAGGGCAGGGAGGGGUGGAGAGGUACUACUUGCUCGACAUUUCUGAGGCUGCUGCAUUUGCUUUUAAGGCAGAAAUCUUGAUCUCUGAGCACUCAGUGGCUCCAACUUGAAUUGAUAAGGAAGCUCUCAGUGGCCUCUCCCAGGCGAAUCAGGGAGGAGCCUGACCUCCCAGGUCUCUUCUCUGGCCCUUGGCAGGUUGCAGCAGGAGAGUCAAUCAUGUAGACAGCCCUGGGCCUCUAGCAUUUGUGUUUUUCAUAAUUAAACUGCAGUAUUUUGGAAAGUA